AUGACGCAAAGUUCACCACCAUCACUGAAGGGCACUCUCAUGCACAACAUGACCGACCAGGAGUACACCACCCUUGGCACCCUUUCGGGAGAAAUUCUUCAAAGGCACUUUGACUCCAUUUACCUUCAUCAACAUUCUUCUUUCAAUGGAACCGUGUCUGAAGAUUCUGUAUUCUAUGGAAGAAAUGUUCCUAUGGCCAGGAUCUUGGAAUCAUCAACAUCGAUCGGGUCAAAGGUGGAAAUUGGAAAUUUCUCACCAAUAACUUACUUUCACUGGCCAACUCUGUCGGGAAUCUACAUUAGUAGGACUGUUGUGCCCUCAUAG